AUGGCCGGGGGACCCAUUGAAGCUGAGGGACCCGGUGAAGCUGAGGGACCCGGUGUAGCCGGGGGAUGGGACGUCCAGAGACAGGAGACGCAGACGUACCAGAGGGAUCCAAAUCAAGAGGAGCUGUGUGCUCUCUUGGAGGAAAAACUGGAGGCCAGUAAAAAGGCCCUGAAGGAAGAGUUGGAAGUGCAGAUCUCUCAGGUGAUGGGCCCAUGGGAUGGAGAGAAGGGUGCCACGUGGCUUCUCCUGGCUGUGCCCGGCUGGGCUCCGUGCAGCAGCAGCGCUGCGUCAGACACGGUGUUCAAAGACAUAGAAAAAUGCCGCGCAACAGAAACGCCCCGCUCACGCCAGGCAGUGUGUAGGAGGCCUAAAGGCUCUGUCUCUAAAGGAGUCUGGUGUGGGGAAGUGUCUGACUACCACCACAUGGAGGAGGAUCAGUUUCAGGCUCCACUGAAGUACAGGAUCGCUUGCUCAGGCUCAGAUAGAACCACCUGCUCACCUGGAAAAGCUGUUGGACUCACCUGCUCAGAGCCUGAUGCUGUCAGGUUGGUGGGGGGGGGCAGUCGCUGUGCAGGAACACUGGAGGUGAAACAGGGAGAAUGGAGACCAGUGAUGGGUUACUCUGAUUGGACCCUGAAGGCAUCAGCUGCUGCCUGCAGAGAGUUAGACUGUGGCUCUGCUGUUUCUGUAGGAGAGAGAGAAGAGUCCUCAGACAGAUCUGUGUGGUGGAUCAGGUCUGGCUGUGUUGAGUCUGGAUCUGCUCUGAGGGAGUGUGCAGCACCAGGUUCCUUCUCCUUCUCCUCCUCCUUCCUUAAUCUCACCUGCUCAGACCUGCUCCUUCAGCCCAACAUCUCUGUGUCCUCCUCCGUGGUCGGGGUCUCCGAGGAGGACCAGCAGCAGGGGUUCCAGGUGUUCUGGGGCUCCAACUUCACCAUCAGCUGCUCCAUCCAGCCACAGUACCCAGGAGGCUCCUUCCAGCUCAGCUUCACCUCCUCCAACUCAGCACACAACACCAGCCAGCCAGCUGUCAAUCACUCUGCCCACUUCCUGUUUCCUGCUGCAGAGCCCGCCCACCAAGGAAACUACAGCUGUGUUUAUCAGCUCCGUGUUUUCUCUCAUAACUUCUCCUCUGAGAGCCGGGUGCUCUCCCUCAGCAUCAUGGAUCCGAGGUCUUUAAUCAUCAGAGCGACCGUGCUGCUGCUGGUUCUGCUGCUGGAGAACCUCGUUCUUUACUUCUACUGUAGGGCCAGCAGGGGGCAGCUGCCGUGCAGACAGAAGAAGACUGGUCUCCAGGCCAGCAGGGGGCAGCUGCCCUGCAGACAGAAGAAGACUGAUCCAGAUUAUUAUAACCUGGGUGUCCCUGCAGCUGAAGGAGGGCCGACUGAAGAGGAAGAAGCUCAGGGAGCAGAGUAGGACCUCCGAGGACCUCAUGGAGGUCCAGCAUUUAUGCCCCUUUUCAUCCCCACUUGGAAUUAUUCCCAUUUAUUUACCCUUACAAGACUCAUGCUGGGUACUUGUGUACAAAGUCCGGGGUCUCUGGGGCUAAUCUGGGAGAUAAUAUGAAUUUUAAAAAGUUAAUUUUACUGACAAGUCUUAUUCUUCCCACAUGUCCAGACCCUGUUUUAGGGACCCAGAGAGGGUCCUAAGGAUGGACCCAGGACCACCAGAAUUGGGUCACAUAUUCUACAGAACACCUUGAUUUGAAGAAUCAUAUCUAAUAUAUUACUUUAUUACCACUGAAACCCCCUGGUAUUCCCAACAUGUGUAAAGAGCUUUGCUAUUCCCAAGAACAAUUAAAGGGUAACUCUGGUUUCUUCCAUCCUGGACCAUCUGGUCCUGAGUUGUUGAGUCUGAGGGACUGAUGGGAACAACCAUCUGACAUUGGCCCAGUAUCAGCCCUCCUAACCCCAAAACGAGUUCAAAAGAUCCUUAUCCUAGAAAGCAGCUGUAAAGACCGUUAGUUUCCUAUAAGGUCUAACUGGGAGGAGUGGUCCAGAACCUUGAACCAGCUACCCCUGAGUCUCAGCAUCCACCCGGGCCAAACCCCCCCACGCCGCCAUCUCUGUUUCUUUGGCUUGUCCAGCGAGUCGUACCUGGGAUAAAGAAAAGAGUCUUUAGAAAGUCCAGUUGAGUUUCAGUCCUUCCAGAUGGUUCUGUCCUCAGGACUAAAGGUAUCUGCAGGUCCUGGUGAUGUGAUCUGAGUUCCCACCGGGUUACGUCCCGUCACGACCUCCACCUGACCUUUAAAAACUAAAACAUCCCUUUAAAGGACAUUUACAACUGAUUCAAGAUGUGAGUCAACUCUAAACAAUCAUGUGAUUAUUCCCAAUCAGAUGUCCUCUAAAUCCUUUAUUAUGAUUUAUCAUGAGAGUCCAGAAAGCUCUGAAGGACUCAGAGUCCUGUAGCUCGCACACGCAGGACCAUGUUAAAAACCAGAGGCUGCUUUCACACAUUUCAUCUAAUUUCUUAACAACUGGUUGUUUUUGGAGUUCAGGAAUUUACUUAUUGUGUAAUGAUGGAUUUACUUUGUAAUUUUUGUAAUUAAAGCUGUUUCUUAUUUCAUAAAAUCCGGUUCAGCCCAAAGAUUUGUGACAAAACAAAACUGUUUAAGAACAUAGACUCAAAC